CUAGGGGUAUGAAAUUCGAUGGAGGGGUAUCUUUGAUGAUAGGGGCGUAACGGGUGGAUACAAUGGACGCGAAUCUGUCGGAUUACUACUACAGGGAGUAUGGAACCGGCGAGAAAGAGCUGCCAUUUUCCCUGCUUCAACUUGAUCCACCGGACAGAGCCGUGUUGAAAAUAGCAGAUGAAAGGGAUGCCGUUCAAAAGAAAACAUUUACAAAAUGGAUUAAUAAACAUUUAUUGAAGUGGUCUCCCUUACCUGUUGACUACAUGCAGCAUUGGAGAUUUUCUCAGGCUGGACGACGGAUAUUGGAUCUUUAUAGUGACCUCAAAGAUGGACAUAACCUGAUAUCUCUGUUAGAAGUGCUGGCUCACGAAUCAUUGCCAAGAGAGAAAGGUCGCAUGAAGUUCCACAAAAUUCAAAAUGUCCAGAUAGCUUUGGAGUUUCUGGCUCGUAAAGGGAUCAAACUUGUAAACAUUCGAUCAGAUGAAAUUGUUGAUGGCAACCCAAAACUGACGCUUGGUCUCAUCUGGACCAUCAUCCUUCAUUUCCAGGUGUCAGACGUUGUCGUCCCUGGACAACCUGAAGACAUCACAGCCAAAGAAGCCUUGUUGCUAUGGAGUCGACGAACAGUGGAAGGCUACCCUGGGGUCAAGAUCAACAACUUCAGCAAAAGUUGGAGGGACGGACGUGCAUUCCUAUCCAUUAUACACAGACACAGACCGGAUCUUGUGGAUCUCCAGAGAGCAAGGACCAGUACUCCCCGCCAGAAUCUAGAGCUUGCCUUCAGUAUUGCAGAGAAGGAAUAUGGAGUGACGAGAUUACUUGACCCUGAAGAUGUUGAUGUAGCGGAGCCUGAUGAAAAAUCUGUGAUAACUUACGUUUCCUCACUCUACGAUGUCUUCCCAGAAUGCCCCAGUGUAGAGCAAACACUUCGAGAUAAUGAGCGACAAUUAAAAGUUGAUGAAUACCGGGAACUGGCCACUUCAUUACUCACUUGGCUUCAUGAUGCUACAGCCAUGUUACAGGAGCGAAGCUUCCCAACAACCCUUAUAGAAAUGAAGACUCUCCUAGCUGAUUCAAAUAGGUUUAGAAUUGAAGAUGUCCCCCCUCGGUUGGAAAUGAGACAGAAAUUAUACAGGCUUUUUGAAGAAAUACAGGGUUUUGGAUCUGGCAGUUCACAACUAGCCUUUCCAGAUGACCUUCAGCCAGAUAGCAUCACAUCAAUGUGGAAUAGAUUCUCAUUGGCUAACCAGGAGCGUGACAACAGCAUACAGGCAGAGGUUGUCAGGCUAGAAAGGUUACAGAGACUUGCAGAAAAGAUCCAUCGAGAGGCUAAACACUCAGAAGACAACCUUGAUGACCUUGGUCGAAGGAUCGGUGAUGAACAAGGUCGCGUGGAACUCCUACACCCUCUAGAAGCUAAGCGCAACUGUGAUGCAUUAGACAGAGCUUUAAAAAACUUAGAAGAGACGGCACGAAGUUUGUUUCGGGAUGUACAAGCCCUUCAGGAUGGUCGGUUUCCUACUGCAGAUCAGCUUUAUAAAAGGGUGUCUAUGAUACAGUCCAGAACCUCCCAGCUGAGAACAAAAUUAUUUGGAGAUGUGAUUCAGAAACUCAUGUCCAAAUCUUAUAUUGAGGAAGGUAUCACUGUGACACGUCGAAAGGAAGUUGUCAAAGAAGUACGUCUUAUUGAGACCAAUCCUGCCUUCCAACAUGUACAGGAGUGUCUCGCCUGGAUAGAGGCCAAACAGGAAGCUAUAGAAGCAGGAGAGUAUGGAAGUGACAUCCAAACGAUACAGAUUAAUCUGGAUGUCCACCAGAUGGAGCACCAACAGAUAAUGAGCUUCCGAUCUGAAAUAGACAAAUGUAUUGCAGAUGGGAGGGCUCUGUCGACAGAGGAACGGAACUUGUACACCGAGAGUCUUUCAAAAGUAGAGGUGGCUUACUCUCUGCUAACAAACACAACUUUACGACGUAUGAAGUGUCUAGAGACAUUUCACGAAUUUCUCAACCUGGCCAUGGCAGAACUUCUGUGGCUCAACGAUAAGGAGGAGGCAGAAAUAGAGCGCGACUGGAGCUCACCAAAUAUGGAUGUACAACAUACAUCCGAGUCUUACAAGGCUAGAUUCCCUUACCACCAGAGCCUACUGCAUGACCUCGAGGUUCGGGAGGGCCAGUUUAAUUCCAUACAGGAACGAGGCUCAGCCAUGGUCCUGGACCGACAUCCAGCUGCUGAAACAAUUAAGGCAUACAUGGAGACGAUGCAGUCGACGUGGUCAUGGUUGUUACAACUCACCCUAUGUCUGGAAUCACAUGUCAAACAUCUCACAGCAUACCAUCAGUUUUACGAAGGCUGCCAGCAGUGCGAGGCAGAGCUAUCCCAGCAUUCCGAUCUCCUCCAGACGCGGUACAAUCAGGAAAGUCUGGACGUGGAGGAGGCAAAGAAACGUGUUCAAGAGCUGCGAGCCAUGCAGGAACAAAUAUCUGACAUAGAAAAACAGAUAGGGACACUAGUGCAACUCAGUUACGAAAUAGUGCCAUUGAAAAAACGCGGAGAAGUGAUACAGUCUCCAUGUCGUGUUAAGUGCUUGUGUACUUACAGACAGCCAGAGCUGGUUCUACAGAAAGGACAAGAAUGUAUGUUACUUGACACAUCCCAGAGAACAAGAUGGAGGGUGAGAACCCACUCAGGUAAAGAAGACUUGGUACCUUCUGUGUGCUUCCUGAUUCCUCCCCCAAAUCAGGAGGCCAUAGAAUGUGCGGAAAGGUUAAAAGUGAAAAUGGAACACCUUCGUAGUCUGUGGAAGAUGAGACAGCGCUCCAGCAGACAUAAUAUGGUUACUGCAACAAUACAUGUCAUCAAAGGCUGGGAUUUAAAACAGUUUCAGAAACUUGAUCCGGUGGGACGGGAAACUCUACUCAAGGUUGUGAAUGAGGAUGCUGAGAAACUGAUGAAUGAGAUUGGUGACUCUCAUCCUGACAUGAGGAAUCUAAAGGCAGAAUUAGCAGAAUGUAACAAAGUAUUCCACAGUCUUUCUACAGCAGCCUCUGAAUCAGAUUCGAGGUUGACAAGGUCACCUGAGCAAAAGUUUGCACAGGACCUAGAUGCAGUCAGUCACAACCUGUCCAGUUGUGAGCAGACCCUCACUGGUCAUUUACAAGAGAUGCAUCCAAGAGACAAAGGGGCACUACGACAUGCUGUAGAGAGGCAGAAGAGCUGGGACAGGACACUAAGCAGCCAUGAAAUUGAAGUAGAGCACAUGAAACAGUCCUUUGCCAAUCUCCCGGUACGCUCCCAACACCAGGUGGAGCCACAAUAUCAUGCGGCACUGCAGAAAUGGGAUCAAAUGUGGAGCCUCUCCAAAUCAAACAUGGACAGAUUAAAGAGUGUUGAUUCCCUGUUGUUGGACCUCGACAACGUUAGACAACUCGUUGCUGAUUAUGAGAUAGCUCUCAUUACUCAGGACAGUUUAUCCUCUGAUCCGGAAUCUCUCCGUACCCACAAGGCCGAACUACAGGAUCUUCAGGUAUCUGUGCAGCAACAACAACAAAAAGUGGACUCACUGAAGCGUGACACUGCCAAUCUACGUGUCAACACAGAGAAGUGUCGACCAGGUGUAGCACGCUAUUAUGACCUAGAAGGCACAGAGAAGGAAGUCGCGGAACUUGACCAGCGCUGGAACAAUGUCUGUAUACAAGUUGUUGAACGAUUGAGGAGCAUGGAUACAACAGGAGAUUUACUUUCCCUCUACACCAAUGGUCUGAAGUCGGAACAGCAGUGGGCAGACCACACCCAGCUGACCAUCGAUACCCAACCCCCACUCACACAGGAACUUCCCAAACUCAAACUCAUGAUUGAACCCACCAUGACAAUUUACAAUGGAUUGGGAGAACGACAGCACCAGAUUGAGGCAGUGAAUCGACACGGUGGCCAGUAUAUUCGUGAGGCAAAGAUCUAUGACAGAAAGCUGAAGCAGUACCGGGACAGUCUAGAGGACAUCGAUGCUGCCCUGGUGGAAGGUUUGUCCAAGCGACGGCGACAUGAGGGUGGGGCAGAGAUGGUUAAGACAGAACUGGACACUCUCAAUCGGCGGUAUAUAGAUAUGGUCAAGUGGACCAAUAACCGUCUGAAGGAGAUCACUGCUAGAUUGUCCGGUGCCAGUGAAGAUGUACAGUUCCAGAUGGUGAUUGACGAGGAUAUUCCAUUACUGCGUACAUUCCGGGCAGAGUUAGCCAAGCGCUCCUCUAUGUUAGUUGACGAGGAUAUGCAGGGUUUCUUUGAGCAGUUGUCAGAAUUUGAAGGCUAUGCUAGCCAGCCAGGUCAAGGAUAUAGUGGGCCUGCUAAGACUUUUGUCAGUAAAGUAACAAUGCAUGCACAGAACACCCAUGAACAGGCUCCAGCGACUCUCUCUCCAGGAAUACGAGUAACCAAGAUGAUGGAUACUGUGGAGAAACCCGUAACUGCAGCUGUUGUCCCAACAGUUCAAAUGAGGAUGGUAUCACCACCGCCAUCUGAUGCUGGAAAGAGGCUCUCGCAGAAAGUAGCUAGCAUUAGUAGCGUAACUUCACUUGGAAAUGUCAGUGAGAUGGAUGGAAAGUUUCCGCAAGCUUCUCAAAUACUUGUGACUUUAAAACAGGAAAAUCUGGCACCCAAAGGAACUACUGUGUUUGUGUCAGCCAUUUUGAAUCCAAAAACUGGUCGUAAAUUGAAUAUGGUUGAAGCCAUCAAGACUGGGUUAUUUGAUCCAAAAACAGGGUAUUUCAUGGAUCCUAUCACCUCGCGUCGCAUACAGUUCCUUGAAGCAUGUGACCGAGGCUACAUUUCCUCUGAGUUACAACGGGAGUUGAAAUCCCCAUGUGGUAUUCCUGACCCACGAACUGGGCGUCAGUUAACUCUAAUGGAUGCCAUACAGAAGGGGUACUUUGACCCUGUUAAACUUACCUUUAGAGAUCCAUCUACUGGUCUACACAUUCCCGUCCAUGAGGCCCUCUCAAAAGGAGUUAUCACUGAGGAGACAGCCAAGAAGUUGUGUGGUGAUGGCUAUGCUGUUACAACUAUAACACAGUCCCAGGCUAUGUUUGGAGAUGGCAAACUGUCUUCACUAGAAACAACAAUAGGACUUGCUGAGGCUGUAGAAAAAGAACUAUAUGAUCGAUCUUCAGGAAAGAUUCAUGACCCUCUCUCCGGAGAGGACUUGACUAUUUUGGAGGCUGUAGAGAAAGGCUUCAUCAGUCCGUCCAAGAAAGAGAUCAAGGAUCCAACCAGUGGAGAAUAUAUAACAUUGAUUGAGGCCGUCACUAAGGGCCUGAUUGACCCAGAGUCUGGCCGGUGCAUUGACAAGACAACUGGACAGAGAAUCCCGUUAGAUGAAGCAUUCCAUCAACAAAUAUUGAACAAGCCAAUGACACUGCCCAAGGCCCUUGCUGAUGGUACUGUCACAGAGAAGGGCUAUUUUGUGGAUCCCCAGUCUGGGAGAGUCAUGGCUUUCUCAGAUGCUGUCGACAAUGGUCUUCUUGAUGACAGUGUGAAGUGUAUUGUUGACCCUAUCAGCAAUGAUGUGCUGUCGCUGUCAGAGGCAAUAGAGCGAGGAGUCAUUGACUCCCGUGGUCUGUAUGUACCUCCUGGAGCAGCCCCUCCCACACCUAUAGGUGAAGCCUUGGAGGAAGGGCACCUGAAACUUGUAAAUGAAGAGGUUGUGUUUGCCAAACCAAGUGUAAAAGACUCACUGACAGGAAAAACACUGACUCUUGCUGAAGCGCUUAAGCAAGGUGUCAUCACAAGUGGAGGAGAAUUUGUUGAUACACGUUCUGGGCGUCGUGUGUUACUUCGUGCAGCUGGUAGUCAAGGUUUUGUUGUAAAAGAUGCAGUGGAGAAAUUAACACAAGAAACAUCAAUUAAAGAUGCAUCUGGAAAAAAUGUGACAAUACUGAAGGCUGUUCAGAUGGGAGUUAUCAGUCCAACCACAGGGGAAGUUAAGGACUUGUUGACAGGAGAUGUGAUGCCGUUACAGCAGGCCACUAUGGAGGGGCUUGUGUCUGCAGAGGAUGCACAAACAGUUAUAGAGCUCCUUAGUCCUGUCGUCAUCUACACUGCCCUCACUACAAAUCAAAAGUCAGUGAAGGAGGAGCAACCCAUGGAGGCCAUUACAAUAUCUGAGGCAAUAGACCAGGGCCUUCUCGACGAAGAUUCUCAAACGUUCAGGCAUCCAAGGACAGGCAUGACCAUGCCAGUUGAGGAUGCUAUUGAACAGGGUCUGCUAAAGCUUUCAUCAGAAUGGCCACGGCCAACAUUGGUGUCCGAGACUAAAGACGAGGCUGACCGCUGGCUUGAGGAGGUUGUAACUAAGAUGUCGCCUGUUUCACCAGGUCAGUCGGCUACAGUUGAUUCCAAACUGACGAAGGGUGAUGAAGGGUUCUCUUUUACUACAACGACUAUCUCCCGCCCUGCCGUUGCUGAGAGCUUGGUGUCUGAAACCAACUACAUCAAAAUACAGAGUGUUACUGACCCCCGUACAAAAGAGAAAUUGUCACCACAAGAAGCAACAAACCGUGGGCUUCUUAAUGUAGCACAAGGAUGCUUCAUUCACCCACUCACAGGGAAGAAGUUCACAGUGAAAGAGGCCAUGGACAGAGGAUUCCUGACAGGAAUGGAGGUAGAUACACCUACAGACCAGGCAGUCAAAGAGGUCAAAUCCUUCUCAAUCACAGGAGUCAUUGAACCCAACACAGGCCAGAAGAUAUCAGUAUCACAGGCAGUCAAGGAUGGGAUACUGGACCGAGAGCGAGGUCAGUAUGUGAGUAAAGACAGGCUAGGUCGUGAGGUGCUUAUCCCCAUUAGUCAGGCGGUGGAGAAGGGGCUUGUUCUUGCAGACGAUGUCAGCACCUCCCAUGCAGCACCAUUGCAAGGCCUAAAACGUGAAACCAGGUCUUAUCAGCUCAAAAGUGUGAAACAUCCUGUCACUGGGAAAAACAUUUCCGUAUUAGAUGCAGUGCAGGAAGGAAUACUUGAUGAACACAACGGUGUGUACAUCAACACAUCUACAGGAGAAAAGCUGCGCAUUCCAGAAGCUAUCGAACAGAAGCUCAUUGACGCCGAAUUGUCUUCUAUCACCUCCAAUGAUGGAGUAGAUGGCAGCAAGGUGGUCACUACUAAACUAACAACCCUGAAAGUGUCAUGGGUAGUGGAUCCAAGAACAGGUGCUACUAUAUCUGUUGCCAAGGCUGUUGAGGAUGGGAUUGUCAACCAGCACAACGGCACAUACAUCAACAUUGUCACAGGUGAAGUCAUGUCCAUGAAUGACGCCAUUGAGAAAAAACUAGCUAUUGCAACUUCCUCUGGAGUUGACUCUUCUAGUAGCUCUGAUAUUCACAGUAUUCACAUCACAGAAGAGCUUGAAUCACAGGAGGCAACACUUGUAGAGGACAUUACAGCAGAGACAGUGACAUUGAGCAUCAGCAGUGUAGUUGACCCUGUCACCAUGGAGAUGGUAUCAUAUGAUGAUGCUGUUAUAAGUGGUGUUCUUGAUCUUAAUAAAGGCCUUUAUGUCAAUCCUAGGUCUGGUGAAGCAAUUCCAAUCAACUCUGCCCUUAACAAAGGACUGAUACAUGCUGAUGUUACAGGCAAAAAAGUUGAGGAGGAUAUCUUCCACAGUUCUAUACAGGCUGGAACUGGGGGCUUUUCCCUCAAACACGUAGCAUCAAUCAAGGAUGCAAAAACUGGACUGGAAAUGUCACCGGUAAAGGCUGUGCAGCAAGGCCUCAUCGACUUGGAGAAAGGAACAUUCCUGGACACUAGAACCUGCGUAAGAAUUCCUUUAGAGGAUGCAUAUAAACAGGGAUUCUUCUCCAUGACCAAGGUGACUGAUGCAGAAGAAAUCACCCGUCUUAUGAAUGAAUCUCAGGAAGAGGUGACUCCGCCUGUGAUAUCUGAGAACGGAAUUACACCAAAUGUAGUGGAAAUGAAGUUGGAGAAGUCUGGCAUGCAGGAUAGUGAGAAAUUGAAAUCUGACGUGGCUGAUGAGGUCCUUAAUUACACUACAGAUAUCGAGCAAAGUUUUGAGAUGGAAAGCGAGGAUAUUCCAGAUUUUCACAGAAAUGGACAGCUUACACUUGGUUCCAAACAGGUCACAAAGAUGGCAGCAGAUGUUCGUGGGCUGAAUGUCAACACUGUUGCCUUCCCACAAGGUUUGUCCUACUGUGAAGCAGUCAAUGUUGGUCUGGCAGAUCCUACAUCAGGAAAGGUUCGAGAUCCUAGGAGUGGAGAUCUGAUUUCUUUGCAGGAAGCUAUGGAACAAGGUAUCAUCAAUCCCCUCAAACCAGCCAUGGUCAGCAUUGUUGGCAGCGACACAAUGACCUUACAGGACACAUUUAAGCGAGGGUUUGUUGAUCCUUCUACCGGUCGGGUCAAUUACCAAAAGUGUAAAUCGGAGAAGUUUCAAAUCAGUCCUAACCUACCAACUCAGUUCUCAUCCCCAGGACCUCUCAAUCUCAUGGAUGCUUUGAAAGCAGGACUUUACAAUCCUGCCAGCCAUAAGUUUCUGGAGCCAUUAUCUGGUGACACCAUGUCUAUACAAGAAGCUGUGAACCGAAAUGUCCUGAAUGGUAACAUGGUGACAGUGAAAGACACUUCAUCAGGACGACGGGUCUCCCUGAAACUAGCUCUCAGCAAGGGACUUAUUGACGGGGUUACUGCUACGGUUACAGACACAGCCACUGGAGAAGUGAUGUCAUUGGAAGAGGCAGUGAAGCGUGGAUUGAUUGAGAAUGCUGUGGAUGAAGAGGAAGGUACUGUGUAUGACACAGUGACAGGAGAAGGCAUUCCCCUUGACAAGGCUGUAACAGAUGGGCAACUCCGCGCAGAAGAUGUUACCAUCUUAGACACAACAAGUGGAGAGAUGGUUUCUAUGGAUGUGGCCUUCAGGAAAGGAUUGAUUGACAGAAGGACUGGUAGUGUGAAGGACAAACAGACAGGACAAAAGCUGACUGCUCAGGAAGCUGUAAAGUUAGGACUAAUGGCAGUAGUUGGAGCUCCAGUUCUAGCAGGAAAGGCAGUAUAUGAUGCAGUGCAAAAUAGAAAAGGGCAGACAUGGACCGAGGAACCCAGUCCUACAGGGAAAACGUGGAAGAUGGACAUCUCACCAACACAAGAUGCAUUUCAGAAACGGACUUUAUCAAGCUCGUCUGGUUCUCCUCAGGUAUCACCUGUGAAGGACGCUAGAGAUGAUUUUGUAUCACGAACCAAAGACACUGCCCGAUCCCCAGUGAAAGAAAUGAGUGAACGUUUUGGAUCACCAAUCAAGGACUAUGACCGAUCGCCCAAAAAGGAACGUUACGGAUCAUUAACCAAAGAUCCUGAUCAAUCGCCUGUUAGUGGCAAUGGGUAUAGUGUGAAUGGAAAUGGUGUUCAUGAUGAUGGAAUACAACAACCACUGACUACUAUUGUUUAUGCUAAACCAACAGACAGAAUUAAGGUGUCCCAGCCCCAGAGACAGACUGACCAGUCUCCUGAUGAUCGUAGCCCAAGCCCAGCCUAUGGUUUUAUGGUAAGUGAGGGUCAGGAGAAGAAAGCUGAUUCCUCUUCUGUGUACAAACAACAUGAGACAGAUGUUUCUUCAUUCGCAACAUCUCGUGCUGACAUUUCUCUGCCUUUGGGUCCCCAAUCUGUGUCAAGUGUGAGUUUAUCUCCCCUUUCAUCCCCCUCCUCAUCAACAAUCCCGGAUAUGGUAACUAAACCCUCCCUACCUCUGCAUGAGGCAGACCUACAGGGUCCUCCCAUUUCUGGGACCAAGGUGUUUGUGAAGUCCAGUGAUCCUCCUUCAGCUGAUAAGGGUCCCACCCCUCCCCUUUCUCCAAUAACUGUCCAAUAUUCCUCAUCAACAAUAAUGUCCAAAGAUGACCUUACUGUUGACUGGACAGCAGGAAAGGUCAUAAUCUCGCCAACAGGAGAAGUAAUGAAUGUCCCAGAGGCUGUACAAAGGGGUUUGUUAGACUCAGACACAGUAGAGAAAUUGGCUGAGAAAGCUGCCUUGGAGUCUAAAACACCCCAAAUAGAUAUAAACUGGGACGAUGGUACUAUCACUGUUAGGGACACUCAGGAAAAGAUUUCUGUCAUGGAAGCCAAAUUCCGUGGCUACUUGGACUUACAAACUUCUAUGACACUGGAAACUGUAAUUGAGAAAAUGGAGGAAAUCAAAAGAGAAGAGACAAAACAAAUGGUACCUGUCGUCGUUAAGAAACCAACUGGUGCAAAAAUACAGGAAACUACAGUGGUACGGAAAACUAAGAAAGUAGUGGAAGGCAAUGAACCCCCUGAAUAUGUUUCCCCGGAUACUAUGGUAGAAGGACCCUUGAGUCUUAAUGACAUAGUUAAAGUUGAUAAAAAUGUGACAGAUUCAGGUAGUAUAUAUGUGAAAGGUUAUGACUUCCCUAUAUCUAUCCGCAGAGCUUUAGAUGAACAUGUUAUGAAUGUAGGAAACUCAUGUAUUAUUGAUCCCCAAACUGGUCGGCUUCUUAAUUUGAUGGAAGCCAUCCGUUUGAAGAUAUUAGACCCCUAUACUGGUAAGCUUACACAUCUAGGAACAGGGGAGACAAUUACACUUAAGGAGGCCUUCCUUGAGGGUCUAAUUCCACAGCCAGGUUACAGUGUGACAUUUCACACAGAGACUGAGAUAGAUGUGGGUGAGCAGCUCAACACAUCAAUGUCCUUGUUAGAGGCAGUAGAGCAAAACUUGGUGGAUCAGAAUAGUGGAACGUACACAAACCCUCAGACAGGAGAGAUCAUGUCUCUUGCAGCUGCCAUAGAGUAUGGCUACAUCGACUCUGUUGACAGUCAUCACAAUGUCACAUGGUCAGAGACGCAUGUAGACAGGAAAGAGGAACAGAUAAAGGAAGAAACACGUGUUCAGCUUAAACCAAUAGCUCUUAAGCCUGGCACACUGACUUCUUCUCAUGCCCCAUCUGUACAGGAGAAAAGGCAAUUUGCCAACAGUGCACAGGUUGAAGAAACUAGGAGUUUUACAGAAGCCUUGCAAGUUGAACAAAACAUGUCUAGAGUACAGAUGCAUACAGAUUCUCGAUUUGAGGAGCAAGGCUCUACAUCAGGUGUACACAGACUGGAUACUUUAAGGGACCAGCUGAUGAACACCUCCCACCAGGAUAGGAUGACUCAGGAGGUGCAGAAGAUGAGCCUCAGUUCCGCUAUAGAGAUGGGCUACUUUAGUGAAGAGAGUGGCAUCUUUACUGAGCCAAAAACCAGUCAGGAAAUGACCCUAGAUGAAGCCAUUAAGAGAGGACAUAUUGAUGGUAACAGUUUGAUGGUUGAUAUCAAGACAGAUGAGAGACUAACCCUACAAGAGGGUAUUAAUACUGGACGGAUUGAUCCCAUUCAGGGGAAGGUGGUUGAUAAGGAUUCUAAGUCCAAGUUUUCACUCAAAGAUGCUGCCACAUUGGGACUUCUGGCAGUAGCAGGUGCUCCUGCUUUGGCCAUCAUGAAGGCAACUGGAUCUUUGAGUCGGAAACCCAAAAAGGAGACAUCCUCCACUUUAGACAGUGCCUUGCCUCUUUCACCAAAAUCAAAAACAACUGCUGAUAUGCCUUCAAAGACACCACCUAAACCUCUGCCCAAAUCAGUAGAUGUUGCAAAGGAUAUUCCAGUUAAUUUGCAGUCUACAACUGUGAAUGUAGUUGGUCCUACCACACUGGAAAUUAAAGAUACAAUUCAUGCACAGCAAUUUGACAGUAUGCCUCGUAAGAAGGACAUUACAACAGAGUCUGUAGAAAAAGUCACACGAAAGGUUCAUGUGGAAGGUGUGCGAGACUCCACAGCUGGUACUGAAGUACCACUUACCACAGCUUUAGAUAGGGGGCUCAUUAACCAACAUGACGGGACUUACACGAACAGUCUGACUGGACAGACCUUCACCUUGACAGAGGCACUUGAUCUUGGCUAUAUACAGGGCAAGGUCAUUGACACCAUAUCUACUAAAGAGCAGACAACAAAGGAAGGCUUCCAAGCUGAUGUCACAUUCCAUGAGAAGAAGAGAAUGUCAAUUGUGGCAGUAACUGACUCAUUGACUGGAGAGAAAUUGUCUCUGCCAGAAGCUGUGGUCCGUGGUUUAGUAGACAAAGAUGGCAGAACUUACUACCAUAAGGAAAAAGGGAAGCGAAUUCCCAUACUUGAUGCUGUACAGGAAUGCCUAGUAGUUGCUAGGGAUGUUGACUCACAGAUGAAAACAGACGAAAAAUUUCAGACCUCAAAACAAGACAUUAUCACCCAGACAAAAUCACUGAAAGUCCAUACUGUUGUGGACCCAGCGACACAGGAAAGAAUGAGCCUCCCUGAAGCAGUGAGGAAAGAUAUCCUAGACCUGAAGGUUGGCAUACUGAAGAAUGUACGCACAGGAGAGGAAAUACCACUGAGUGAAGGUCUUAAACAAGGCUUGGUUCACGGGGAUGAUGCUGAGGGCUUUACAUCCAUGAAGGGUUCUGAGGUGUAUGAGCAGACAGCAGAAACUCUACAUCUGAAAUCAGCAUUUGAUGUUGAGACAGGGCAAUACAUUCCUAUAAAAUUAGCUAUAGAGAAAGGUAUAAUUGAUAGUCAUUAUGGAAAAUUUAGGAAAUCUACAGGAGAGAUUAUUCCUGUUUCUAAAGCAGUGAAGGAAGGACUCAUCAAGGCCGAAUCCAAACAACCAAUGUCACCUAUGUCCCCAAGGACCGCUGGUGUCAUAUUUGAAAAGAAAUCAGUCAACAUUCAAUCAGUGCAAGACCCAGUCACUAGACAAGACAUAUCAGUGAUGGAAGCUGUUGAUAGAGGAAUUCUCAACUUACAGACAGGUGUGUAUUUCAACUCUCGCACAGGAGAAACCAUGAGUAUCCCCGAGGCUAUCGCUAAAGGUAACAUCAAAGCUGAGAGUUCUUCAGAAAAAGGACCAAUGGGAACAACAUUUACUGUUGAUACAGGGUCUAAAACCCUUUCUCUUAGAUCAGUGACAGAUCCACGUACUGGUGAACAACUCUCGGUAUCUAAAGCCCAAAGGCAUGGACUGGUGUCCAGUGACCUCCAGAUUUACUAUGAUCCAUCAGGCCGUAGCAUGGAUAUCACAGAGGCAGUUAAACAGGGACUUGUGGAGGCUGGUGUUCAAGAAGCAAUACCCGUUCUUACAUCUGUCACUAGAGAGUCUGUGACAGUCCAGUGCUUAGUUGAUCCAGUUACACAGUCUGAUAUUCCAGUUCAUGUUGCCAUACAGCAAGGUCUGUUUGAUCCAGAAAGAGGGUUAAUUACAAAUCCUCAAAGUGGUGAUAAAAUGUCUGUAGAGGAAGGAGUCAGGAAAGGCCUGGUAAAGGUUGACACUUCCAAGGUCAAGGAAAAGACAGAUGAUCUAGUGGUAGUAAAGGAUGUAAUUGUCACCAAGGUUAAGGAUCCUAUGACCGGACGUGACCUCAUGGUCAAGGAAGCAGUCAGAAAAGGCAUUCUUGACAAAGAUAAAGGGUUGUAUUAUGAUCCUCAUACAGGGGCAUCUAUGCCAAUUGAAGAAGCUCUGAAGAGCCACCUGGUGGAGGGAAGUCACAUGGCACAGAGUCAACUUGUUGACAAAAAGACCAAGGACAUGAAACAGAUCAACAUCACUAUGGUGCUUGAUCCUGAGUCUGGUAAAGAGAUCUCUGUGAAUGAGGCAAUUGAUCGUGGAAUAGUUGAUCAGGAAAUGACAACAUAUUAUGACAGGAAGUUAGGCAAAAGCAUCAAGAUGGAAGAUGCUUUCCAAAACGGGCAGGUUUCUGGAGUUGUUCAGACAAUUACUACAACACAGACAAAGGUAAAAUCUAACAGACCUGGCUCUACCUACAAUAUUACACAAGUUAUGGAUACUUCUUCAGGGAGGAUGGUCAAUGUAGCCGAGGCUGUCAGCAGAGGCAUACUUGAUGAGAAAGGCAAUUUUGUUGAUACCAAAAAAGGAGAGGUAUUCCCUGUCUCAAAAGCUUUGAAGAAAGGCCUUGUCAGUGCUGAUGAGGUAGUAGCCACCAGUCCUAGUAAGGCAGACCAGAGAGGUGUCCGGUUAAGGGAUGCUCUUCGAUAUGGCUAUAUUGAUAUUCCGACUGGCAUUUACACGGAACCUAAAAAGGGCAAGAUGUACACAGUUGAUGAGGCAGUCAGAAACGGUCAUCUGACAGCUGAUGAUAAAAGCCCAUAUCGUUACUCUGGACCAAAAUAUGACAAUACAACUCAUAGUUUCCAGCAUGCACUCCAGACAGGACUCCUUGACCCAAAGACAGGGAUGUUCCAUGAAAGGAUGUCAGGGACUUAUAUAUCUGUAGAGGAAGCUCUUAAACACCGAUACUUGUCACCGAUAGCAGGCAGAGUUGGAGGUAAAGGUGACUCUGUAAUUAUUCUUAAGGGAGCUGAAGUGUCUCCAGUCAUUUCUGAGGGCAUUUUGUACACUGACUUUGUUGACCCCAAAACUGGUGAAGAAAUUGACACAAAGGAGGCCACCAAAAGGGGACUGGUCAGCAUGGUCAGUGUUCAGCAACCUAUCACUGUGAGUGAUGCCAUUCGCACAGGGUUGGUGGACAGUGACACUGGUGUGUACCAUGAUCCGAAGUCUGGUGACAAGCUUUCAGUAGAUGAAGCAGUCAUCUGUGGCUUCCUAAACAUGGACAAACCUGAGACACUGGAAGAUGUACAGCUCCCUCAUAGUGAGGAACUGCCAGUGUCAUUGACUGAUGCCAUUAGACGCGGCAGUCUCAAUGUUGCAAAUGCAGAAUUCACUGAACCACGCACUCAACAGACUGUGUCAUUGCAAAAAGCCAUUCAGCUUGGAUAUCUACAACCAAAAUUGACAAGUAUUGAUGACAGUGAUGAUGUUGCAAAUGAAAGUGGUGGAAGUAGUAAAACUGAUGACAGCUUUGAUGGAAAGACAGAUGACAGUGUGGAUGGUAAGACUGAUAAUUCAGUCAGUCAUGAUCUGCCUCCUGAAACUGAGGCAGAAAAAUACACUGUGGUCCUUGAAGGGUCACCCUUUUCCCCCAAGGCAGAGGUAGUUGUAGACAAAGACGGUGCUGUGGUUUCACGUACAGCAACCGAGGUGCAGAUUAAGACUGGUUCAGCGGUAUAUGUCACCAAACCUGGCUUCCUUGUGGAGGCUAAUGGGCGGGUGCGUAAUACUUCAACAGGAGAAGUGAUGACAUUCCAGGAAGCUGUUGAUGCAGGUCUGGUGGAAACUGAGAGUGUAGAGGGCAGUAGUGAGGUACAGGUAACAGGCGGCACCAUCCCACCAAGCCUGGAAGGUGACUCCUCAUCUGCUUCCUCUCUGUCCACGUCCAUGACAACAUCUGAAGGGGGAAGGUUAGUUGACUCCUAUGACAAACUCGCUCAAGAUCUGAACAACGAACUGAACUGGCUCUCAGACGUAGAACAGUUGCUUAGAGACGAUCAGCCAAUCAGUGAUGAUGCCAACAAAGUUCAGGGACAGUUAGAUGCCCAGAAGACUCUUCAUGAUGACAUCCAGAAACAUCAACAGCCGAUACUUUCCCUUGUAUACCAGACAGAACAGCUCCUGGAGAACCACCAGGAAGAGCUGACUCCCGAACAGGUCACCGAAGUCCAACAAUUAGCAACCAGUCUCAAGUCGACAUUUGGCAAGGUCCAGAAAACUGCAGAUGCAAGAGUGAAACAUUUGAAUACUGCAGCUAAUGAAGUCACGAAAUUUGAGGAGGAGCUGUCAAAGUUCAAUGACUGGCUGAAUGAUACUAAAACUGAACUGACCAAACACCAGAAAGAGGUCACCAAUCUCGACCGUUUGAAUCAAAUUGAGGAACAACAGAAGGGUAUGAUGGAUGACAUCAUCUCACACCAGGCAGACCUCAGGUUUAUGUCAAUGGCUGUCCAGAAAUACAUGGAAGAGGCCAAGCUUCACAAACUAGAGGUUGAUGCCUUCAAGGCCAAUCGCAGGAAGACCAAUCGCCUCAGCUGGCUUGGAAUGGAGGGCAUGGAAGCUGAACAAGUAGGUGAUAAAUUGAAAGCAGCAACCACUCAUUAUGAUGAACUGAAGUCCAGAUGUGCCCUGUUUGGUGAAAAAAUUCGAUCUCUGUCAACCAAACAACGAAGUUUCAAUGAGAGCACGUUUAAACUUUUAACAUGGCUAACAGAUAUCGAGGAAAAACUAUCCACAUCUAAACAAGAGUCUGCUACCACAGACCCAGAAAUAUUACGACAACAACUUGGAUUGAUGCGUUCAGCAAGCAGUGAUGCUAUAGCACACGGCGUACAGUUAGAAGAUUUGAAAAAGGCGUCACAUGAUUUGAUUGAUAUGCUGAAGGACCUGGCUGUUGACAGAGACCACAUACACAAGCUAGAGGAUAUCGUAGACGAUAUCUCUGGUCGACAUAAGGAAGUGUUGGGUGAAGUCAAUGAAAGGUCUAACAGCCUACAGAUGACGUUAACCAAAUCCCAGGAUGUUGAAGAUGCUCUGGACAACUUGUUGUCAUGGUUACGUGAUACGGACAAAACACUGACCACACAAAAGCCAGUCAGUCUUAUGAGAGACAGAUUGAGCGAACAAUACCAGGAGCUUAAAACAAUAAGUGCUGAUGUGGAAAAUCAUAAGCCAAGCUUAGAUUCUGUGAAACAUGAGGCCAACGAGCUGAUCAAAACAUGUGAGCUGGACAUGGCAAAAUCACUGGAGUCUAAACUUGGAGACCUCUCAAACAGAUUUGGAGGUGUCCAAUCUAAGUGUAAGGCACGAGCCAAGGACAUCGAAGAAAUCUCAGAAACUCUUGGACAUUUCCAGGACACACUGGAACACUGCAAUGUCUGGCUGGACUCAAAGAUAAAAAAUUUAGAGGACAAAGACUGGAACAAAAAAUCUGGAGAUGAAAUGAAAGACAAAGUGGAUGGUAUGACUAUCGAGAGAAAGAGGAAGGAAGAAAUUGUGGAGGAAUUGAAGCAGCUGGGACAGGCUCUUGUUGAAGAUCAACGUACAGGAGAAGUCAGUGAACUGAAGGACAAACUAUCAGAACUCUAUCGGCAAUGGGAAGACUUUAAUGAACUGCUAUCUGAGCGUGAACAAGAGGCAUUGGAGAAGGAGAGACAGUCGGAUGAGUACAGCAACAUGAAGAAGGCAGUUGUGGACUGGCUGACUACCAUGGAGGGUAAGGUGGAUGCCUUUGAGCCAGUAGCAGUAGAUGUGGAAGUGGCAGGUGUCCAGAUAGAGGAGCUUCAGCCCAUGCUACAAAACUACCAGGACUAUGCAGACACAAUUGAUGAAGCCAAUGACCUUGGCUGUGCCUUUGAUGCCCUUCAAAAUGCUGACCAGAGACCAAGUAGUCCCUUCAGGAAAAUCAUGCGUGGUCGUCGAUUGCCAAGUCUGAUGUCUCCUCGUCUGCGAAGUCCUUCACCAACGUUCCCACCCCCAUCUCCAACAACAAUGCUUAGCCCUAUGUCCAGUGAGUCUGGAAUCAGCAGCAAAAAGAGCUCCUCUGAUAACCUGCUGGUUGAAGAUCUAACAGAGAUUCAACAGGAGCUGGUCGACAUAAAUCAGAGGUAUGAUCUACUGGGCGAACGCCUUGCAGACCGUCACCAUGAGCUACAGACCAUGCUCGACAGUAUGAAAACCUUCCUUCAGAAUCUCAAUGACCUUAUGACCUGGGUUGACCUCAAGGACCUCGAUGUCCAUUUGGCAGCACCACUGCCCACAAGUGAAAGAGAGGCCAAGAAACAACUGAAGGACCAUGAGGAAUUCCACAAGGAGCUUCUUGAUAAGGAAGGACUCGUGGAGGAAAUCCGCUCCAAGGCCCAAGACUUAAUGAAAACCAAGAAAGGCAUCCCGGGUACAGAUGUUGUACAGCAACAACUUGCUGAGCUAGAGGACAAAUGGUUGGAUCUGAAAGUUGAGUCUGAACAGCGAAGGAAGUCGCUGGAUGACAUGGUUACUGACCUUCGUGCUUUCAAGGAUGCUGGUGUACACCUCCAGAAGUGGGUCGCACAGAAGGAGAAGAUGGUUGGUGUCCUAGGUCCUGUGGCAACCAGCCCAGCCCUCAUACAGAACCAACAACAACAGGUCAAGUUGCUGCAGGAAGAGAUCCAUGGCCAGGAGCCCCUGUACGAGACGUUUAUCAGGUCUGGACACUCUAUACUGGACAAGUGUGAGCCGGACGGCAAAGACUCCUCUCACAUCAGUCAGAAAAUGGAUGUUAUCAGUAAGGGCUGGGAUCGUAUUGGGACUCGACUACGGGAUCGCGCCCAGAGCCUGACAGCUGUUGAGGGGUUAAGUGGUGAACUUGACCUCACUCUACAGACUGUGGGUGACUGGAUCGCUGAUUUCUCCACAAGACUUGAGAAAGUCGAGCCUGGAGCUGUCAGUCCUAUGGAACACAGAGCAAAGAUGGACUUCUUACAGUCCCUGGAGGCAGAGGUUGUCCAACAGAAACCCAUGAUAGAGAAGGCAAAGGAACUGUCCAAGAAAGUGGCAGAAAACACCAAGGACCCUGGUACAAAGGCAGAGCUGAAAAACAAGCUUGCUGCUGUAGAAAAACCACUCCAGGAGCUGGAGAAGAAACUAGCUGGUAAGAAACUGGAAGUAGAACAGGCAAGUCAGGAGGGUCAACAUUUCCAGGCAGCAUGUACCAACAUGAUUGACUGGUUGGCCGACACCAAAGAGAGGCUGAAAGAGCAGCCGCCGAUCUCUGGCAGUGAUGGAAUACUGAAGGAACAAGCCCUUCAGCAGACGCUUACUGCCAAGGAUAUAUCGGAACAUGCCCCAGAGUACAGGGAUAUUCUGAAGAAAGCCCAGCAACUCCUGGCUACAUACACUCCAUCAGAACAUGCUGAUGAACUAGCUGAUCGUAUUGAGGCCAUCAAAGCUGAUUGGGAAGAGAUGAACAAACUGGCAAAUGUCAGAAGUCAACAAAUAGAUGCAAGUUUGAAGCAUGCCCAGACAUUCCAGGACCAGAUGGAUAACAUGUUGCUAUGGUUGCAGAUGAAGGAAGACCGUCUGAAGGACACUUCGUCUGAUAACCUGGACAGGGAUGGGCUCGCCAAGAAACUGAAGGACGCCCAGAACCUCCAAGCUGACAUAUUAAAGAAAACACAUGACCAUGAUAUCAUCAACAAGGAAGGCCAGGCUCUGAUCAGUGUAGUGGAUGCUGACCAGGACCAUGUGUUAAAGAACCUUGGAGAUGUGAACCAGCGAUGGAGAAACCUUGGGCAAGGUGUUGAUGCUCGUGUUGCUGAACUAGAGGAUCUGACACAGAAACUGGACGAGUUUCAGGACAAUCUCAGGGAUGUUGAAUCCUCCAUUCAGAAGAGUGAGGACAGACUGGAGGCUCAUAACAAACAGGGUAGCUCAGCACGUGACCCCAAACAUGUCGACAAGAUCAAGGCCAUGCAGGAGGAUGUGGAACUAAUGACACCUCAGUUGGAUUACGUUGAGGCCUUGUUGGAUGGGUUCAACCUCGACAAUGACAAAUCUGCCACACGGCCACUGAUGGAGGACCUGGAGAAGGUGAAGGACAGACAUGAGGGACUUCAGAAUGAGAUCGCAUCACUGCUGUCUGAUUUGGAGGCAGGGUCACAAGUGGUGUCAGAGUACCAGGAUGAGAUUCAGAAGGCUGCAGCAGAGCUAUCUGCUAGUGAAACAUUCUUUGCCAGUCUGGAACCUAUCAGUCGUGAUGAGUCUGCUCUCACAGGCCAACACAGGGACAUGGAGGAAUUCUUAUCAAAACUUGGAGAGAUGAAAGACAAAUUUGAAAACCUGGAAAAACAGAAAAAGAACCUGGAGGAUUUAGGCUACAUCACUGAUUCAGGUGUCGGAGGUUCACCACUUAAAUCCAUCCAGAAACAGCUUGAUGGUCUGAAAGAUCGCGCAAAACAACGUGAAGAUGAGGUGGAUGCUGUAGCCAAUAAGAUUGAAGCUGUCAACGACAACUUACGACGGACACGCACAAGUUUAGAUCGUGCAGCAGCUGAGUUAGAUAUGCAUGAACCAAUUGGGACUGACCUUAAGGCUAUCAAAAAACAACAGGAGGAGCUCAAGAUGUUCCAGAAGUCUGUGUUAGAGCCCCAACAAAAGAGAGUGGAUGGUGUGUUAGCAGGUACCCAGGAGCUCAUUCAGUCUGCAGCACCAGGAGUGAGCACCAGUGGUCUGGAGGCCGACCUGGAAAUACUGACUGACAAGUGGUCAGAACUUGGUGAAAAGGUGUCUGAGCGUGAACGUAGUCUAGACAAUGCGCUCAUGCAAGCUGGAAAGUUCAACGAUGCUCUUGAAUCACUCCUGAGUUGGCUGAAGGAGACAGAAGAGAUGGUAGCCAAUCAGAAGUGUCCAUCCCCAGACUAUAAGGUAAUCAAGGCUCAGCUCCAGGAACAGAAAUUCCUGUUGAAAAUGCUGGAUGACAGAGAACCAAGUGUCAAGUCUGCUAAACAAGUAGGUACCAACCUUCAGAAGAAUGUUGAUCCUCGGGAACAGAAAGGCAUCCAGAAUCAAAUCGCCCAACUCCAGCAACGUUAUGAUACACUCAAACACAAUGCUGGCAAUCGACUUGACACUCUGGAACAAGUUGUCGUCCUUGCGAAGGAGUUCCAGGAAACCCAGGAUCCACUUGCUUCCUGGCUAGACUCCAUGGAGAAGAAAUUUGCUUCACUGGAACCGUCUGCCAUGGAUACAGAAGGCAUCGAGAACAUCGUGUCAUCUCUACAGGACAUGGAGAAGGAGAUCCAGAAUCGUGAUGAUCAAGUACGACUCUUGGCUGCUCGUGGCAAAGACUUGCAGAACAACUGUAAACCAAAUGAGGUCAAGGCCAUUCAAAAGAAAAUUGAUGACAUACAAGGUCGAUACAUGGAACUGAAAAAUAAGGUCACAGAUUCUGCUGAGCAAAUGGAGGAGGCAUUGCCGAUGGCAACCAACUUUAAUGAGGCACAUGCCAAGUUCAUCGACUGGGUUGUAAAGAUCGAACCCAAGCUCCGAGCUAAAGAGGCAACUGGCCCAGAGGCAGAGGACCAAGUACAGGCCUUCAUUGAUCAACUACUGGAAAUCCAACCUACUUUGGAAGUGCUCAGUAAUGAUGGUAAUCAGCUCGCUGAACUUGCACCUGGUGAUGCAGGAUUAAAGGUCGAGGAUAUGAUGAACAAGGAUCUAAAGCGCUUUGAAGCAGUCAAUGAACAAGUACAGAAACGAUCACAGAAACUCCACUCCUCAAAACAACGGUCAUCAGCGAUUGUUGGAGACAUGAAUGAUCUGCUGGAAUGGUUUGAGGAUCAAGGCAAAAAGAUUGUAAAUGCUGCUCCAGUUAGUAGUGAUCCAGACACUCUAGCUUCACAGGUGGCAGAGCAGAAGGCAAUCAAUGAUGACAUCACGAGUCAGAAAGGCAAAGCACGCGAUCUCAUUACCAGGGGGAGGAAACUCCUGCGGGAGAGCUCACUGGAGGAUGACCCAAGACUACGAGAGAGAGUGGAAACACUCAAACAGGCAGUGGAUACCAUUACAAAGCUGGGUACAGAUAGACUUAGCUUGUUGGAACAAGCUCAGCCAUUAGCCAAACAUUUCACCGCCACCCACCAGGAUCUGCUCAACUGGUUUAGUGAAGCAGAGCCUGCACUUCGCGAGCUCGAGGUCAUGUCCAUUGAUGUUGAUGAGGUCAAGAAACAGCAGGACCGCAUCAAGGUGCUGAAACAAGAUGUGCAAGACCACAAGCCAGUCAUUGAUAGACUGAACAAAACAGGAAAUGCCCUUCUCAAGCUUUGUGCAGACAGUGAUGGGGUCAAAGUUCAGGCUAUUCUAGAUGAUGACAACAAGCGCCUGGAUAACAUUCGCAACUCCAUCAAAGAGAGAUCGAUGUCAAUUGAUGAAGCUUUACAACAAUCAGCUGAGUUCACAGACAAACUGGAGGAUAUGUUGGAAAAUCUAACAUCCACUUCAGAACAAGUACAGCAUGCCGAAGCCAUCUCUGCUCACCCAGAAAAGAUCCGAGAACAAAUGUCUGAAAACAAGGGUUUGAUGGAUGAUAUGGACAUGCGACAGUCAGCACUUAGGUCAGUCAAGUCAACAGCAGAGGAGCUCAUCAAACAAGCAAGCAGUGAUCAGGAUGAGGCUGUACAGGAUGUGCAGCAGAAACUUUCAGAACUGAUCCAACUUUACAAUGACAUCAAGGGAGCGACACAGAACCGUAGCCUUGCUCUGGAGGACACAUUGGAGGUAUCCGAGAAAUUCUGGGACGACAUUCAUCACCUAACAGGUGUAAUGAAAGAUCUACAGGAUAAUAUUAACUCCCAAGACCCGCCUGCAUUAGAACCUUCCAUUAUCAGGGAACAACAGGAUUUCCUUGAGGCUAUUAAAGAGGACAUAGAGGACUCCAAGUGUGAACUGGAGGAAGUAAGGCAGACUGGAGAUCAGCUGAUGGCGCUGUGUGGAGAACCAGAUCGUCCAGAGGUCAAGAAGAACAUUGAUGACCUUGACACAAACAUGAGUGAGAUAGAAGCUGAGUGUGACAAACGCUCAAAGACACUGGAGAACGCACUUCAUAAGGCUGUCCACUUUCAGGAUGAGCUCAUGAAACUGUUGGUGUGGCUACAGAAGAGGGAGGUGCGUAUGAGGGAGAUGGACAGGGUCGGAUCUGACUUUGACACCAUUAAAUCCCAAUGGAAUGACAUCAAGGUAUUCAAAGCUGAGGUUGAACCCAAACAAGUGGAAAUCGAGUCACUCAACCAGAACGGCAAUGAUAUGGUCAAGGAGACAUCCUCCACUGACCAGGCUCUAGUGGUCAAGGAACCGCUGACCUCAGUCAACAAACGCUGGGACGGACUCCUAGAAGGAAUAGCUGAAAGACAGCGCAAGCUCCAGUUAGCCAUGCUGGACGCUGGUCAAUUUGAGCAUGCACUCAAUGAACUAUUGGCUUGGCUGGACAAAACUGAACAAACCCUGGAUGAGACACAGUCCUCUUAUGGCGACCCCAAACACAUAGAGAUAGAGCUCUCCAAACUUAAGGUCGUACAGAAUGAUAUUGAUGCCCACAAAGAGAGUGUAGAUUCCGUCAAAGAGGCAGGUGCACGUGUUGCUGCCACAGAGAAAGGCUCGGACACCCCUAUCAAACGCAAACUCAGCGAGGCCAAUGGGACCUGGGGACGUGUACAGGACAAAUGUGACAAAAAGUAUGGUGAAUUAAAGGAUGCCCUCAGAGAGGCCAAGCAGUUUACAGGCGACCUUCAAGAUCUUCUGGUACUACUUGGGGAUCUGGAGGGGAACCUCAUCACCACUACCCCUGUAGGAGGCCUCCCGGAGACGGCUCGAGAACAGCUGGACAGAUUCAUGAGUAUGUUCGAGGAGCUAGAGCGGACGAAACCCCGUGUAGAUAAAGUGAAGGAAGAUGGUCAUAAACUUAAGCAGAAAAGUGGUGAACCUGCUGCUUCAAACAUCCAACAAAAACUGACUCUGCUACAGCAACACUGGGAUCAUAUAGUGUCACGUGCUGCUGACAGGAAGAGGAAGCUGGAGGAUGCUGUAGGACAGGCCAACAGUUUCCAUGCCGACCUCAACAAGUUCAUCGCCUGGCUUACUGACACGGAACGAACACUGAACAACCUAAAUCCUGUUAGUCGUCUCCUGGAACGAGUUGCUGUUCAGAUAGAGGACCAAAAGGUUCUCCAGAAAGAUGUAAGUCGUAACCGCGAGGUAAUGAUUGCCUUGGACAAGACUGGCACUCAUCUCAAGUACUUCUCACAGAAACAAGAUGUGAUUCUCAUCAAAAACCUUCUCUCUAGUGUCCAACACCGCUGGGAAAAAAUUGUGUCACGCAGUGCUGAACGUACCAGGCAGCUGGAGAGAGGCUUCAAGGAAGCCAAGCAGUUCCACACCAUAUGGAAGGAGCUACUUGAUUGGAUGAAGGAGGCCCUCCAGACAUUAGCCAGUAACCAACUGGUUGGUAAUGACCCUGUAACUAUCAAAGCACAGAUAGCUAAACACAAAGAGUUCCAGCGGAGUCUAGGAACACAUCAGCCACUCUACGACAGUGUGAACCGUGGAGGACGAGCUCUCAAGGACAAAUGUCCACCAGACGAUGUCCCGGAGAUUCAGAGGAUGCUGACAGAACUGAAAGCUCAAUGGAAUAACCUAUGUGGAAAGUCUGUUGACAGACAACGUAAGUUGGAGGAGGCACUGUUAUUCUCAGGUCAGUUUACAGAAGCUCUGCAGGCGUUACUGGACUGGCUGGGUAAGGUGGAACCAAUGCUCGGGGAAGACCAGCCUGUUCAUGGUGACAUUGACACCGUCAACAACCUGCUAGAGGCUCACAAGGCAUUCCAGCAGGAGCUCGGGGCAAGGUCUAAUACUGUUGCGUUUGUGCGGAAGCGUGCCAUGGAGUUGAUGGACAAAGCGGAGGGAGAUAUGUCACAACAACAGGCAGAACUUAUAGAACUGUCCACAAGUUGGGACCGUGUGUGUAAACUGUCUGUCAACAAACAGGAGAGACUGGAACAGGCCCACAAACUGGCUGAAGAUUUCCACCAGAAGGGGCAGAGUUUGAUGGACUGGCUUGCCAGUGCUGAAAGACAGCUGAGAUAUCGUGGACCCAUUCCUGAUGAGGAGGCACCUCUACUGAAACAGAUUGAGGAACACAAGAGAUUUGAAGAGGACUUACUGAGACAAGAAGCAAACCUUCGUGAGACGCUGAACAUCGGUCAGGACAUCAUGAAGAGAUGCCAUCCUGAUGCUGUUUCCACCCUGAAACACUGGCUGUCAGUGUUACGAGCACGCUGGGAGGAGCUGACUGGGAUGUGUAAGCAGCGAGGACGUAAGCUGGCAGAGGGGCUGGCUGUUCUGCGUAGAAAUAAUGUCUUACUGGACGAGCUGAUCGCUUGGCUGAAUGGUGCUGAGGGCACAUUGACAGGACUUGACCAGGAGCCCAUCCCAGGGGACCUACAGGUCAUACAGGAUCUUCUCCAAGAUCACCAGCAUUUCCAGAAUGAAAUGUCUGGUAAACAGCCCGAAAUUGACAAACUGACCAAGGGAGAUCGACGCCGGACAUCCUCUGUGUCUGGGGAAUCACACAUUCCGAUACUGAAGGCACAGAGUGGACGCCACACUCCAGUCAAAACUAGGACACCCAGAAAAAGUGAUGCUGAUGGCCGCAGAACUCCAGAACCAUCAUGGAAAAAUCCGAGAAUCGGAGCUCUGUUCAACAAGUGGCGGACAGUGUGGUUGAUGGCUAUGGACCGUCAGAGAAAGUUACAGGACGCCCUCGACUAUCUCAAUGAGGUGGAGCGUUUGAAGAAGUUUGAGUUUGAGGACUGGAGGAGGAGGUACAUGCAAUGGAUGAGACACAACAAGUCACGCAUCAUGGAACAGUUCCGACGAUAUGAUCGUGACCGUGAUGGCCGCGUGUCUCGGGCCGAAUUCACCAACUGUAUCAUGGCCACAAAAUUCCCAACAUCACAGCUGGAGAUGGAGCUUGUGGCAAACCUUUUUGACCGUGACGGCAUGGGGCUCAUCGAUUACAAGGAAUUUGUGUCCGCACUCCGACCUGACAGAGAGCCCCAGAAAGUCAUCACAGACGCAGAAAAGAUCAUGGAUGCUGUCAAGAACCAGGUGUCCAAAUGUACAUGUGUCAAACAGUUCAAGAUCCAUAAGAUUGGCGAGGGCAAAUACAGGUUUGGUGACUCCCAAAAGUUACGUUUAGUCCGCAUCCUCCGCAGUACAGUGAUGGUCCGUGUUGGAGGAGGUUGGGUUGCUCUGGACGAAUUUUUAGUCAAAAAUGACCCAUGUCGAGUUGGUUUGCGAAGACGUAAUCGGUUUCGCUUCAAAAUACAGAUACAACCCUCAGAAAUCACGAGGGGUAGAACGAAUGUGGAGCUGAGGGAACAAUUUGUAUUGGCUGAUGGAGUGAGCCAAUCAAUGUCUGGCUUUGUGACACGUAGUCCGGGUGGAAGUGAUCGUAGUUCCACACCUUCUGGGAUGUCCUGGAGCACACGAUCACCGAGCUCGGCCAGUGGUCCCAUCACAAAGCCAAGGAGACGAUUUUCUAGACCAAACACGUUGAUACGAGAGAAGACCCAGUACUCAUCACCAUGGCGACAACAACGUGUGAAGACAAGCCCAGAUGGUGAGGUCAGGCAAAUUAUGUCACACACAGAACCAGAUGGUACAAAGAUCCUCAGGUCAAGGGUCGCUCACGACCUACGCAGCCCCAGGGACAUACACAGCCCUGGAGCUACACCAAGUCGCAGUUCUAGUCGAGCCAGUACUAGUAGCCGACCACCCAGUAGAGCAGACAGUGAGACAUCAGAAACGAGUGAACCAGAAAUAUUUACAACAGUUCAAAAGGAAACACGCAAAAUUGGUGGUCGCAGUGAGACCACCAUGACUUAUCAGACACAUGUAGUGCAAACACGGACUGCAGUUCCUGCUGCGAAUGCUCGGGUCAGCACACCUACACGUGUAGGUACACCCACACGGGUCGGAACACCCACACGGGUUGGAACACCAACGUCACGGGGGUCAAAAAUACCAACACCUUACAAAAAAAAGUGAUUUUGUGAUAUUUGAUAAGGACCAAAUUUGUGAACUGGUGGGUACUCCACUUGUAUAGGCAUUUAGAUAAAAUUUCUCCUAUUUUCAGCUUCAUGUUCACCGACCACUAUAUAUCCAUGACUUAGUCAUGUGAUCAAAACAAGCAAUUCGAUUAGCUAUUUCAGUGCGGCUAAUAUUUCGACUUUCUUUUAUUUCGUUUUAAACCUUAAAUUGAUGUGACUAUUCCACUGCAGUGAAGCUUUGGGGGGAAUCUUCAUUGAAUAUGUUGAAUAGGAAAGGAGGGAAAGUUUGUAGAAAAGCUUGCAAGUCAAAGAUGUACAUUUUGUUAUCCUCAAAGAAAAUGAAACGAAAUAUAAGAGACUUUGCUUCAUUUAGGAGGAACGUAUUACCUAACUGUGAUUUGGGAGGUAAAUUUUGAUACUUUAUAUUGUAUGUAAAUUCUAAUGUGAAAAUUACCUAUUUUCAAUUUGUGCUAUGAAGUUAUGGAUACUGGUAUAUCCUUUUGUAAAGUGGAUAUAUACAAACUUUAAGAGAUAUAGUGAGUGAUUUAAAAGUGUACAAAUUUGAAGAAUUAUUGGGAGUGACUUGAAAGGAUACAAAUCUUCAGGCUUAUAGAGAGUGAUUUAAAAGUUAUAAGUAAAGCAUUUAUCACAGAUAUACAGUCACGCCUACUGUAAUAAAAAAAUGCAAGUAUGAUUUGAAAAUCUGAGGUUCUACGAACAGCAUUUUUAAAGAAAUUAUUUGAAGAUUUGGUGCUUGUGUGUACUUGUUGACAAGAUAUGGAGCUUGGUUGUCAUGAUCCAUGUAGGCCCUGCUGAACUGACAGUUAAUUAUUGUCCUGUUUCCUAUAUUCUCCAGAGUAGGGUUUUUUAUGUGUUUGUAAAACCCAGUCAGCUGGCAUCGUGUCAUUCCUGUUGGAUCCAUCAACAAGGGUUUCUUGGCUGCUGUCAUCACUUGUGCCACCAUUUCCUUCACAAAUUUCUUAGAAAUUGUUUAAGUUUUAUUUGAAAAAUCAAAUAAAUCUUUGUAAUUUUCAAUAAAUCAAAAUGAUACAGAAAUCAUCCCAUUCUUUCUAUCAAAUUCAUAUUUUGCUCUGUUUUGCUUGAAUUUGACAGAUUACAUUACAGUGGGAGAGAUAUCAACACCUUGGAAUGAUGCAAUGCCAAAGUUUCCUAGAUCAGUUUCUGAUCAUGCUUGCUCUAAAGUGAAUAUUGUGAUACCCUAUGGAAUAUUUGUAUUGUGUUAUCCUAAGCUAUUCAAAACUAACAGAAAACUUAACAUAUAGAUAAAAAUGCAAAAAUAUUUGUAUAUAGGUAGAUAUAUAUGUAUAUAUUGUUCCUAUAGAUGUAGACUGUGAAGUAGUUUGGAACAUUUGGUUGUGUAUUCCCGACUCCUCACGAUCUAGCUAGUAGCCAUCCUCAAUUUCUACAAGGAUUUUUCCUUUGAAUUUUACAUAAAAACAUAUUUACUAUUUAUGUAAACUUUUUAGUUAGAUGUAUUUACAUAUGUAUAUGUACACCAGAUAUAUAUACAGAUGUGUUGAUGAUUUUAGUUUGUUGAAAAUGAAAAAUUUACAUAUGUUAAUUCUUAUUGUAGCUGUUUGGAUUGGUUAAUUUGAAUGUAUUUUUGUACACAGUAUGUAAAUGAGUCAGAAAGAGACCAUAGUCUAUGUGAUGAAUAGACUUUCGGUUUGAUUGUAGGAAGCGAGAGAUUUAUUUAUUCAAUCUAUUGCCAACUGUACGUUCCGGUAUCAUUACUGAGCAAGCAACAGCUUUAGUGAUCACAUAUUGGGAUAGAAGUGGGUUUUGUAUGCAUAUCAAAAUUAUAUUUCCACUACAAGUGCUUUUCAUGGACAUAUAUCCUAUAUGUAUAUACAAGUAUCAUUCGGUGCCGUAUCCUGUUUGUGUAUAUACAGUGUUAAAGGUAUCGGGUCAGUACACCUGUACUCAUAUUCUACAAUUGCUGUGCGAUGUAUAAAAUAUAUUUCCAUAAUCAUGCAAAUAAUUUGCACGGUUGUUUAUAAAGCUUGCUGUAAUAAUAAUCACUGACAAAUAAUGUGAUAAAUGUGUACCAACAGGAAUAUUGAAAAUAUUUGCUGACAUUUAGAAUGAAAUAUGAUAAUUAUCAAUAAAAAUAUUCACCCAAUGCGAAUAUUGAAGUAUUCAUUGGAUGUGAAUAUUUAAAUAUCCUGUCAUUCCUUCCUAUGAUAAAAUAUAAUUCAUUUGCUCAUUUUAUGUAAUCAUACAUAUACAUUGUAGUCAUGUACCAAACUAUAGUAAUAUACCACUCCGCCUGCUGUAUAUGGCCGAGUGGAAGGAUGGGGGGGCAGUAUAUUGGGGUAAAGGAGGGACAGUAUAUAUCUGGUUACGAGGUACUGACGACUUUAUUUACCAAGAUUUAUUUCGUUUCCAUGACAAUACCUGAGGAAUAAAAUGUCUUUGUAUGUUGCUGAUUAAUUGUAUUGGGUAUGCAUGUGGAAUUUUUUACCACACCCCUGGGGAAUGUGCUCCUGGGGGAGGGGCACUGCUCAGGGGUAUGGGUGUGGUCAGUAUCACACUAGUAAUUGUAAGCAUUGAUAUUCAGCUUCCUUGCUUCAUAUGCAAGUCACAUGGACUAAGUAAAAGGAAUCUCAGUA